CCACAAUUACCGGCUCCCGUUAAAUGCGAUCUAGAUUUUUCUUGCCCACGCGCGCAUCCAUACAAACAAAAUUGAUUACAUCCCCGUUCUCCACAGCAGGCUGCCGACACACAGACCGCCUCCACAUUGCUUGCCGAGCGCUAUCGCUGUCUUUCGUACCCCAAUGAAACCGCUUAGCCUUUAGUUCUACAUGUCCAGGUGAUCCUCCAUCGAUCCGCCUUUCUGUUGCUGCUCCCCUUUCUUUCCAGACUUUAUGCCGGAGCGCAUCGCUUUAUACAAUGAAGCCGAGACCCGAGAGGCGACAGACAACAGCACCCGUUCCUCGCAUUCGCAGAUGACGACCGAGUUCGCGCCCAGUGUGGCGGUGGGGAGGGCGCGAAGAGAUCCGGCGAUUUGCCCUACGGACGACGAUACAAUCGUACCGCGGAAGAGGACUGGAACCCAUAUGUCUUCGCAAAAGACGUCUAACAAGAAGAGUUGGGAGUAUAUAAUCAAGAGUGGUGUAGCUGGUGGUUUGGCCGGGUGUGCGGCAAAGUCCGUCGUUGCACCACUCGACCGCGUCAAAAUCCUUUUCCAGACCUCAAACCCACAAUUUGCAAAGUACUCGGGCUCGUGGAGCGGAUUUGCCGUUGCGUUGCGCGCUAUAUACGGCCAGGAUGGCGCGCGGGGGCUGUUCAGAGGUCACUCGGCUACGCUGUUGCGCAUCUUCCCCUAUGCAGGCAUAAAAUUCCUGGCAUACGAACAGAUCCGCGCGUUUAUAAUACCUGACAAGGCACACGAGACACCCGUACGACGCUUUGCGUCAGGCUCGCUGGCCGGCAUGUGUUCUGUUUUUCUCACCUAUCCGCUCGAGGUUAUCCGAGUGAGACUCGCUUUUGAGACGAGGCAGGACAAACGAAGCACCUUAUCCAGCAUAUGUCGUAAGAUAUACAAUGAAAGACCGAAAGGGUCUUCUGCGCACGCACGGAUAAACACAUCGUCGAUGUCUUCGGCUACGCUAUCCGGCGUGGAGGCAACCUCCGCAGCUCUAUCCUCUGCUGCUCCGCGAUAUGGCAUCAUAAACUUCUACCGUGGAUUUACGCCUACGUUAUGCGGCAUGGUGCCCUACGCAGGCGCGUCGUUUCUGGCGCACGACACUGCGUCAGACCUUCUCCGCCACCGCGCCAUCGCAAAGUACACGACUCUUCCAGAAACAGCCGGCAGCGCAAAGAUGGAUCCACACAAACCGGCGCAGCUGAUGGUCUGGGCACAACUCACCGCAGGAGGAUUCGCCGGUUUUUUCGCGCAGACAGUAUCCUAUCCUCUGGAAAUCAUACGGCGCAGAAUGCAAGUCGGUGGCGUGGUGGGAGACGGAUCGAGGCUGGGCAUGGCCGAAGUGGCCAAGCGGAUAUGGAUGGAAAGGGGUCUUCCAGGUUUCUUUGUCGGACUGGGCAUCGGAUACAUGAAGAUUAUACCCAUGGCCGCGACGAGUUUCUUCGUGUACGAACGGGGCAAGUAUUAUCUUGGAAUAUAGGAACCUCGAGCGCAACGCCUUGCACCCGGACUCAUUCGAGGUGCAAUUAUCAUUGGAAAGCAUGCUGCAUUUUUCUUGUGUAUGUUGCGAUUCUUUUUGUGUUGGUGGCGGCGUUAUUGCCUUUAUCGUCUCAGCGGACAUUACCCGUCAUGAUAUGGCAGCGGGACAACCAUAGAGCUUCAAGAAUGGAAAUCUGCAUUCUUACCCUUCCAAGUCCCCAUAUCUAUCUCCAGGCCUACAAAAUCAUUAUCUUAAGAGAUUGCUCUGUCGUCAAAGUUGUCUCAUUGUGUUCUACACUAAAACACAGCCAUCUAUCAUUCGACAAAACGCCUUGAGUCCGGCAAACGAGUUCGAAACGAUCCUCAAAGCAUCACCGGCAAGGUGUUGUUCGGCUUCUCUGUACCUUCAUUUGAUCUAGUUCCAGCAAUAGAAGUGGCUCUGUGUCUCAUGCUCGUGCCAAUUCUUAUGCGCGAAGUCUGCGAAGAGCCUCACAACCCACGAGUAUGGGAAGAAGGCUUGGCACGACCAUUCCGGGAGGAAGAGAAAUGUUCCAAUGGCUUUUGACAUUUUACUUUUUCUACAGAAAGCUUUGGAUUCGAUCCAAUUACAAAAAAAAAGGAUCUAAACAGCCUGCUUCGCUCUGAUCGAUUUCGUCUUUCGGCGUCACGACACACUAGCUCCGUCGUCCGCUCCGGCUUCCACUCCUGCUCGCUCACUCCGGUCACCGAGUCCCGCAGCCGAAUCUUGAACGCUGCACAAAUGGAUGUGCCGACGUUCCUUUUGCUGUCGGGCGCUUCCGCUGAACUACCGCUCCGCCCGUCCCAGAAUCGCUGAAAGGAUAUCUCUCUCGCGCGGCGUCGUGGAACUUGUGCGCCAACUCUCGUUCUGGCAUUCGCCCUCCGACGCGACGAGUCUUCCCAUAUAUACAAUGGCCGUUUUAUGGCAAGAUAGUUAUCGUCCUGGUCAUCCGGCAUAUGGGAUUUGAUAGUAUAGAUCCACAUACCAGCUUAGCCAUAUUGCCACGUUCUCGUUUACCCAGCAUAGGGGUUGGACAGUCAUCCAGACCUUGCGAUACUUUAUGAUUUACAAGAGUACGUGCCAUUACGCAGGGCACAAAGCCCAAAACAGGUUUGCUACAAUAUGGUAGAAUGUUGACGACGAGAGUGGAAAAAAAAAUACGCUGUAGUAUUUACAGAGGCAUUUUAUGUCCACUAUAUUACAUUACGCGAGCGCGAAUAGAGAGAAGCGCUCGGCCCCAACACAUGUGAUGCAAAAAUGCUAUCCAAGUACGACGCAUGCAAACGCUUCCAGUACGGGUAAAAAACACUGGUGGAGAAUCAACAAAAUGGUCACCAAGCUCAAAGGCAAGAACGGGAUACAUAGCAGGGAUGCCAGGAUUGAAAGGCCAGUCCGCCGCCGCCGUCUCCCUCUCCGUGUACAAUGAUGGGUAUCUUAGCGCAUCAGAAAUUGUUAAGAAUAGAACCGCCUGCUUUUGCAUCCUCUUGACAAUGAUAGCGAGGAUAUUGAAAAAUGCGAGCAGAUCCUCCAGGCGAGAAAGAAGAUGCAAGCGAAGAAUCAGUGGCAG